AUGGGGAUCGAUCUGAACACCAUCGAGGAAGAGGCGGAGGAGGCGGAGGGGAAGAUGGCUGCGGCGGAGGGUCGUGGUGGGGAGUCGGUCUGCCUGGAGCUUUGGCACGCCUGCGCCGGGCCACAGAUAUGGCUGCCCAAGAAGACGAGCCUGGUGGUCUACUUCCCGCAGGGGCACAUCGAGCAGCUCGGAGGGGCCGGCGGCGACGGUGACUGGCUCGGGCCCAGCGAUGUGCCUCCCCAUGUUCUCUGCCGGGUGGUGGAUGUCAAACUUCAAGCGGCGGCGGACACGGAUGAGGUUUAUGCUCAGCUCUCCCUGGUCGCCGAUUGCAAGGAAUUAGAGCAACAUCUACGAGAUGAUGAGACUGUAGAAAGCAGGCGAGUGGAGGAGGCUGAUGGCUUCAACAAGUCGCAUACCACACACAUGUUCUGUAAGACCCUAACUGCUUCUGACACAAGCACCCAUGGAGGCUUCUCUGUCCCUCGCCGAGCUGCUGAGGAUUGCUUCCCUCCUCUGGAUUACAAUCAGCUAAGGCCUUUACAAGAGCUUGUUGCUAAGGACUUGCAUGGCACUGAGUGGAGAUUCCGUCAUAUCUACAGAGGACAACCACGUCGGCAUCUGCUAACGACAGGAUGGAGUGCAUUUAUUAACAAGAAAAAGCUUGUCUCUGGGGAUGCUGUACUCUUUCUUCGGGCCAAUGAUGGGGAGCUUAGGUUGGGUAUACGGAGGGCUGAUCAACUUAAAAGAAGCAUUCAUUCUGCUGCUUUUAGUAGUCAGAAAAAUCUUGGCAAACUCACAGAUGUAGCUAAUGCAGUGUCUGCAAGAACGGUCUUCUGCAUUAACUAUGACCCGAGCUUUGAUUCUGGUAGGGCUAGUCGCUCAGGGUUCAUCAUUCCUUACUGGAAGUUCACAAAGAGUUUUAGUCAUUCAUUUUCUACUGGAACAAGAUUUAAAAUGCAAAUUGACAGCGAAGAUGCAGCAGACAAAAGGUACACAGGAUUGAUAACUGGGAAUGGUGAGCUGGACCCUCUUAGAUGGCCUGGUUCAAAAUGGAAAUGUCUUUCGGUGAGAUGGGAUGGUGAGGUAGAUAUGGCUGGUGCUAACAGGGUAUCUCCUUGGGAUAUUGAGCCAACAGGUUCGGCUUUGGUUUCUGAUGUUCCACCACCAACUGCUCCAAAGAAAUCCAAAAUUUCUCAUCCUCCAGACCAUCUGGAUCAUCCAAUUCCAAAUGGAGUUGGAUAUCCCGACUUGGAGGAACCUGUAAGGUUCCUCGGGGUCUUGCAAGGUCAAGAAAUCAUGGGUUUGAGAACCCUUUAUCAGGACAUUGACGUAACACAAUUCAAGGUCUUUGGAGAAUACGUACGACUCCAGAAGGUCUUCCAAGGUCAAGAAACGCAUCCACCAAUGUCCACAAGGGUCUUGAGUCACCUACUUGGCACAGGAAGCAGUUGGGUUAGAUCAAUUCAUGAGUUCAGUGGCCUUGGGACUCCAUGCACAUCUUCAACUCAAGUGUCAUCUCCAUCCUCCGUUCUGAUGUUUCAGCAAGCAAGUGCACAGCUCCCCUGUCCUCCUGCACUUCAUGGCAUGGAUAUGUACGACAUGGAAAAGCAAAUGCCUUCGUAUGACUUGGCCAGGAAGCUUUGUGGAUCAGCAGAAGUGCAUGAAACGGAUCAUGUUUGGAAGAAAGACUCGAAGGGCGAUCACAAUGUUCUUCCCGGUGGUAAGAGAAACUGCAGGCUCUUCGGAUUUCCCCUGACCGAGAUGAUCACAGUGCCAAAUGGAAUAGAUGGCUGCGAAACUGCAGGAUCGUCGGCAAAACAGACGUGAAUUGUUCUGUCUCACUCUUCAACUGUCAUUUGCAGGUGUUGUUGGAUGAGGCUAUUGAUCAGGUGAAGCUGAAGAGGAUGUGUGUUGUUGACUUGGAAUUCUGAAGAAUUCAUGGGCGUUGUGGAGCUGAUCCAUGGUCAAUGUAUUGCUGUGUUACUAUCCUAGUGAACAUUGCACAUUUGCCUUGUUUCAAUCAACUAAGAUUUUGGUAUGUAUGAUCAUUAUGAGGUUGAUAUUAUUUCAUGUUC